AUGAUGAAUCAAACAACAACAACAAGCACUCCACCAUCGGAUCUCGAGCGUUCCAUGAGCUUUGAACAUACAUCAUUGGAACCCAUGAACACAAAUUAUGCGGAGCCGACAUUUGAGCAGUUUGAACAAUAUUUCAAUUUUAUUCCGAAAAUGAUGGCCAUCGUCGAGGAAUUACCAAACAGUGAAGAGUCUGUAAUUUUAAAAGUUAAAGAUUUAUAUGAUGCCAUGAAAGGGGCUGAGAAUUUUCUCAACUCUUUGGAAGGAGCCGAUCUCACACUGGAGCAACAAACAAAAAUUUAUUCGGAAAAUCUUGUGAAAAUCAAAGAAAAAUCAGAGCUCAUUGAGAAAUAUAAAACUCUUGAAGUGUUUACUAAUCUGCAUAAAUUAGAGGAAGAUUCUUUCAAUGUGGUACAAACAAGCGAAAAUCAAGAGCAAAAAUAA